ACUGGCCUCCGAAGCGCCGCGCCACAGCAGGGAGAUGGCCCUAAGCCGCCGCACCACUGAGCUGAUCCGCGAGAAAGCCGUGCGGGGGGCCGCGGUCUCCACCGGCCCCUCCCUGGAGUUAUGCACCCACCCUUCCUCCCUGGGUUCGUCGGUCGCGGCCUCCGCUCUGGAGCAACUCUUUGUCCUGGAACAAUCACUGAAAACUGACUAUUUUAAAUGCAAUGAAGAAGCUAGGAUCUUUCUUAAGGACACUGCUGCAGCUGUCAAGAAAUUGGAAGAAAUGAGAAAAGACACAAUUGAUCUUCUAGAAAUCGAAAGCAUGGAAUUCAGCAGACUAUAUUUUCUAUUGAACACUCUUCCCAAUGACUUUAGGAGAGAAAUGGAAGAGUGUGUCAGAGAUGCCCACAGAUUAAAUCUUGUUGAGAUAAAUCAAUUACGCAUAAGAAUUGCAGGGAUCGAUAAUGAAGCCAAUUUGCUGAAGAACAGAAUACUUGAACUGAAAGAAAAUAAUGAAGCUCUGGGUGACAAGCAAGAGAAGCUAGCAGAGAGGCACAAAGACUUUGUCCUGUCACUCAACCAUGCAAUGGAAAAAAAAGCCGCUGCAACUAUUUACAUAAAUGAAACUUACACCAAAAUAAACUUGGCAAAAGAAGAAAUUGAAUUGCAAAGAAAAUGCUUUAAAGAGAUAGAGGAGCAAAUGGAAAAGGAAAGAGAAGAAUAUUUGUUAAAGAAAAAACAACUGGGUGCCGAGAUUGAUGAACUUAAAAAAAUCUGUGAUCUUAAAACAAAGGAUACUUUUUCAAAGAAGAAAGAACUGGAUAAAUUAAAUGUUAAAAUGUCAGAAAUGAAAAAAACAGUUACUGCCAGCACAGCGGUUGUUAGUGAUAACAAUUUAGAGAUAGCACGACUACAUGAAUCAAUAAAGCACUGGGAAACACAGGUAGAAGAUAUGAAGAAAACCUGUAAGAUGCUGGAUGAUAAAAUACUUUUGUUUACUGAUCACAAGGAAAAACUGAAUAAUAUAUCUAAUUAUGAAAAGAAUGAAUACCUGCAGAAGAUAAAACAGAUGACUGAGAAAAUACACAAAAUUCGUUUAGAAAAUAAAGAGCUACAGGAGAAAAUUGCUACUUUUACCAGACAAUAUCGUAUUGUCACAAAUGAAGAGGACGAAGUUUUUAAAAGGAGACUGAAGAUCUAUGAUGAAAAUCAGAAACAACUGGCAUUUAUAAAUCAGAAAGAAAAUUUCCUAUCACAAAGAAAAGUUGACAUCAAAAAUAUGGAAGAAGGACUCGUCACGCUCGAAGAUCUUUUACAGGCAACACAACAAGUAUAUCGGAAACAAAUAAAAGUCUACAAUGAGAAUCUGGAAAGAGAAAAUCAGAGAUGUGUUAUAACUCAGUGGAAAAUAGCUUGUUUGCUAAAAAAGCAUGAACGCUGGAAAAACAAGACAAAGAAUGAAAUAGAAGAAAUUGAAAAUAAAAUUGAGAUGGCAGAACUUAGACGAAAUGAAUUAUUUGAAGAGAGCCAUUUUAGGGAAAAAGAGAUCAAUGAAUUUGUGGUACAGAUUGAAAGACUUACAACAGAAUUAAAAGAAGAUGAGGAGGAUUUUAUUCUCAUGGAAAAACAGUUAAUUCAAGACUUAAGCAGAUAUGAGCUUAAAAUUGCUAAGGAAACGAAAAUUAACAAAGAAAAACAAGAAGAGCUAGUUGUGUGUCUUCCACAACUUCGAGAGGCAGAAGAUGACUUUUCACAAAAAAAUAGAAGGUUUGAAGAGCUCAUAAAUACUAUUACAGCACAAACUCAGGAGGAAAUUUUAUUGAACAAUAACAUAUCACAGAUGACAAAGGAUUUUUCAAGAUACUUUGGUAACGCGGAUAAAGUGAAGCAAGAAUUAAGAAAAUUACGAGAGUAUGAAAGCAAUAUGAUCAAAAAUCAUUUUGAAAGUCUAAAGAAUUUAGAAAAUGAAAUCUAUAUAAAUGACCAAAAAACAGAACUUGUGCUCCAGGAAAAUGAAAGAUUAAAGAAAUAUAUUUCAUAUAUGAAGAAGAUGAAAGAGGAUUACAAAAACAGAGAAGAAGUCCUCGUCAAAAACUCAUUAGAUCUGUCUUGGGACCUGAUAGCUCAGCAAACAAAGUAUUUGGAUUUGUGGGCUGAAUUCCGGGCCUCAGUUAAGGUCUUGGUGGGCGAUGGCCAGGAGACCAUGAAAGAAAUACAAGCACUAAUAGGAAAGCUAUGUGAAAGAGAUGAAAAAAUUGAACAUAUCAGCACUUGGCUAGAAAGGUCUCUUGAAGAACUGCGUUGUAUUAAAGAAAAGGAAUCACUGACAGACCUUGAAAUGAAGAAGAAAUGUGAUUAUACUACAAAAAUAGGUGUCCCAUUGAUUGGAUAUAUUCUGAAAAACAGAUCAACAAGGAAGAAAUAACAAAACAACUUCAAGGAUACAACUACUGUGAAUCCAAAAGCACAAACAAACUACAGAAAAAGAACAAUAAUACGAAUGUGCCUUCAACCAAACUAUUUAAACAGAAAAUGUAUUAUAUAAAUUAUGUUCUAUUUUGUAAUAUAUCAAAAUACUGUUUUGGUGAAAAUAAAUAGAUAACAAAAUACAACAUACAUUAUUUCCAUGU